AUGGCCAGCUCGGGUCCCAUCGACCUUCGGGUCCACGAGCCCGAUCUCAGCCAGAUGCUGGAUCUCCAAGAUCGAGUCAUUCGCCAGAACCGCCUUUACAUCCCGCCGCCAACCUGCCUCGUCUGCACAUUGUCUCCUGACACUGUGGGCAAGCUUGCGCUUUUGCCUUGUGACCACCACUACUGCCGCAAUUGCCUUGCGCGUAUGUUUGAGGUCGCAAUCUCGAAUGAAGCGUCGUUUCCUCCCAGCUGCUGCAGGUCACGCCCGUUCAGCCUCAACAAUGUCCACUAUUUCCUGGACCCGGAGCUGCUGAAGCGCUACAUGAAAGCAAAGGCUGAAUAUACCGCAACCGAUCGGCUCUACUGUUAUGACACCAAUUGUGGCGCUUUCAUCCACCCGUCUUCCAUCGAGAACGACGUUGCGAUAUGCGCAAAUUGCGGAGCCGCAACCUGCACUCAAUGCAAAAAGAAAGCUCAUGACCCUCUCGACAGGUGCGUCGCCAAUGCAGGAGAAACUGAGUUGGAGGCCACUGCAGCUCGCAAAGGCUGGCGGCGCUGUCCUAACUGCAAACGCAUGGUCGAACGAGUCGACGGUUGUGCUCAUAUGUUAUGCGUCUGCGGGACUAACUUUUGUUACCAAUGUGGAGGCCACUAUCGCUUCUGUGCUUGUUCUCGCGAUGCGGGUUUUCCACCUCUACCCCCGCAUUACGCCAUGCAGGAACGCGCGUUUCUCAGACCACCGCGACGGGCUCGUGCCGCUCCUCCGGCUGGCGCCCCGAUGGGCAAUCCAGUACCCGCUGUCGCCAACGAGCUCCCUCGCUUGCCUCCAGCCGCAGAUGAGUUUCCACUGGGCCACCUAGCAGACGUCUUCGAGGUCCCGAACCAUCGCCCUCAGGUAGUGCCUCGUCCUCCCGGUGCCUUUCCAGAGGACGACCUACCCGCAGCACCCCGACGCAAUGCUCCAGGCAAUCCCGCGGCUAGAGAGCAGGAGCCCAUGACUUACAGCGAAGCCACCCGUGGCCGAGCUCCCUUUGAUGAAAACGACCCAUUUGUCCAUGCUUGGCGUUACGCCUACCAGACGUUUGGGGGACUGGCAACACCUGAGCCUACAACCUCGCUAGUCCAACAACGCCGGCAUGCACUUAGACGCGGUGAUACUUACAUACCUCCUCGCGGGAAUGCAGACACACACACCACUGGGACAGCCCCCGCACGCACUAAUAUCGCAGUCCCUGCACCUUCCGAGCGCCGUCCUUCUCCACGAGAGCGCAUGUCCCUUGCUAGUGAUCCAGUCACCCGAAACGCACAAUACAACCGCUGGUUACAAGAUAAUAACCUCGUCCCACCCCGCCCGACUACGGCUCCGCCUGUACCUAGGGAGUCCACUACCCCACUCGCUGCGCCUCAUAUACCCUCCCCCGCUCGUCGUAUCCUCCCCCUAGUAUCCCAGCACGUCGCGGAGCAACUGAACGUCCGCGACCCGGAAAAUGAUUCGGAACGCCUUGAACUUCUCGCACGUGUCGCACGUCUCGAGACAGUCCGUGCCGAGCUCGAAACCGAGCCUCCGACCAUGCCACAGCACACAGCUACCGCUAGACCCUCCGCUCGUCGCGGCUUCCUCGACCGUCUGAAUCUGCGCUAUCCCCGCCCCCCUGCUCGUCCCCUGCGUCGGAAUAGGAAUCGCGUGACGGCCUCCAGCGUCUCCGAUACCGAGGCACAUCGUGAAGCUUGGACCCGUGCUUGGACCCGUGCUUGGACUCGCGCUGGUGAAGAGGCGUUUACUGAUGCUUACAUCCAGCAUGUUCUUGAGGAGGAACGUGCGGCUAGUCAUACCGAGGAUGCAGGUGCUGAGCCCAUGGAUGAGGAUGGCAAUGACGAUGAUGACUUCACCAUCGUGGAUCCGCCCUUGUCGCCUCGCGAACCCCUGUCGCCCCGCGAACGCGCAGAGCGCGAGUUCUGGUAG